AGGAUUAAAAAAACGUAGAAAGAAUGGCAAUCUUUCUAUGUCUGAAAGUAUUACGUUAAUGGCUAAUUUUAUUUUUCAGAGAGACGUUGUAGAAGGAAAUCAACCUCUCGUUGAAUUUUCAAAACUUAGGUAUAUUAUUGAAGAGAAAGAUAAAUGGCUAACAUUAUUUUUUGACGAAAUUGAAGCUGGAGCUGACAUGGAAAAAAAGAGCAAUGAUGAAAAAAAAGAACUUAAUCGAUCCCUAGCAUAUCAAUGUUACUUGAUAUGUUGGAAUCGAAAUAGGGAUAUACCACUCUGGGAUCUAAAAAACAAACAAGUGGAAGGUGAAAAGUUUACUUGGGUGGAUGGUGUGGUUGUAUUGAUGAAUUUGUUUUAUGAUAGAGAAAAAAAGAAAAAUUUGCCACUAAUUUACAGUUUUCAAGAGUUGCGAAAGGAAAUAGAAAACAAGGAUCAUUGGCUAA